AUGAUCUUUCAAAACUCAGCUGACACUCCUGCAUCAGUAGAACGGACUGAUGAUGAUGGCCAUGAAGAUCUGGAUGCAUAUUUAACACCUUUACAGCCUCAAACUAUUCUACUAAAAGAUGGUGAGACCACCGCAACGAUGUAUCCAAUACGUGCAAACCCUGAUAUACUUCCUUUGGGGCUUCUUGCUUUCUUAUUAGAUGAGAUCAAUAUGGAAAUCGAGAAGGGUGAUAGCUUUCCAUAUUAUGAGCCUUUGGAUUUGGACGAGUUUAGGAAAAUAUGGUUUAAUUCGCAUGGAAUCGUUUGCAUAAUGGUCUUGGGAGAAAUCCCUGAGCUUGAUUAUUCUAUGGAAUUGGGGGAGGAGUAUAAUCGUCAGCAUAUUGAACAGCUCCAAAAGCAAGGUAUUACAACGAUGCGUAGCACAGCGCAAUAUAUGAAGAGAAAAUUACGUAGGAACUUAAAUUUGAAUAUACAGUGGGAAAAGCAGUGCUUGGGCACAUUUAACCUAAUACCUGCUUAUCCGGGGAGAUCUUCCCAUGUCGUGACAGGGACAUUUCUGGUAAAUGCGGGUAUCCGAGGCAAAGGAAUAGGAAGAACUCUUGUCGAAAGUUUUCUAGGAUGGGCACCACAGUUGGGGUUCACGUCUUGUUGCUUCUCACUUGUAUAUGGAACAAAUGUGGGGAUUCGAAGGAUUUUGGAGUCAUCAAAUUUUAAGAGGAUUGGUAAACUACCUGAGUCAGGUAUUUUGAAAGGUUAUGAUUCGCCAAUAGAUUCCUUUAUUUAUGGCAAAGAAUUUACUCAUGUUUCAAAGCAGAUUGAUGCAGUUAAUUUGGCAAGAAAGGAUUCUACAAGAGCGAAGUAUGAGCGGCUAAAGUUUUACCUAGAGACAGGAGAGUAUCCUGCAUCCUGUAGUAGAAAUGAAAAGGCCAGACUGCGGGUUAUGUCGAAAACUCAUUCAAUUUUAAAUGGAAAACUAAUGUUCAAGGGCCGCGAGGUUGUGUACGACCAGCAGCGGCAGUCAGAAAUCGCUUUCGAGACUCACUCGGUUGACCAUCAAGGUAUUAAUCGAGUCACUUCAAAAGUGGCAGAGCGAUACCACUGGAAGGGUAUCAAACAGUCUGUUGCUCAAGUAAUUAGCACCUGCUCGACAUGUCAAAACAACACCGGUGGCGCAGGCAAUGGAAUGGCUAGGGCGGGGAUAGUAGUCGAUGCCACAGAUCCAGAAAACCAAAUGCAUAUUUUGGUAUCAAACCCAAACGACGAACAGGUGAGUUCAGUCGCAAAACAUAUGGCCAAUGCCCUACAAAAAGACCAACAGGACAAUUAUAGAGAAGACAGAUAUAGAAUACAGACCCCUACGCGCGAAAAUGAACCAAGAGUAAAGUUGUACAAGGCUGCUGCACAUAUUAAACGUAUUAGAUUUGGAGUCGAGCCUGGCCAAGAACGCGUUGCAGAAAAACGUGUUGUCAGCAAUGAAGAGUCAAUGAACAGCUUCAAGAAAUAUGUCGAAGAGCAAAAUCAGCGCAGCGGUAAAAAACGAUCACUGUACAGUGAGAUAUCCCCAGAACUCCUCCACUCAGAUGCACCUAGGCCCGAAAGUGAACCUGGAACCGUCCUAGUGGAAGGUUCUACUACCGAUAUGGUGGAUGACGCAUUAUUGCACCUGGAGGAUAACGUCAUGGCCGCAGUGGAAGCCGUACAUAAAGAGCAGGAGCAGCGACAGCUGUCGCAAAGAACUCCUGCGGAGGAAGCUAAAAUACCUGUGCGCAGCGAUGAUGAUAUAGAAAACAACCCGUCUUUCAGGUCCGAUGAUAGUCAAUACUACUAG